GCUCCAGACCCGGACGGCCUCCGAAGAGGACCCAGAGCGUGACGUCGCCGGAGAACCCCCACAUCAUGCCCCACUCGGUGCCUGGACUCAUGUCCCCCGGCAUGAUCCCUCCCACAGGCCUGACGGCGGCCGCGGCGGCAGCUGCCAACGCAGCCAUCGCGGAGGCCAUGAAGGUCAAGAAGAUCAAGCUGGAGGCGAUGAGCGGCUACCACGGCAACGCCAACCACCACGGGGCUGACGGAGAGAACGGAGACCUCGGCUCCGGCGUCGGAUUCCAAUCAAAGUGGACUGCAUGGGUACAAAAUGGAAGUAGGAAGAGAGGAAAUGGCGACACGUGGGAACAAGACGGGGGCCUGGAACUCCCCUUCAUGAUGAUGCCACACCCCCUGAUCCCGGUCAGUCUGCCCCCAGCCUCUGUCACCAUGGCGAUGAGCCAGAUGAACCACCUCAGCACCAUUGCAAACAUGGCUGCUGCUGCCCAGGGCCAGAGUCUGCCUUCUAGAAUGGUCACCUCUGUUAUAAAGGAACGUGUGCCGGACAGUCCCUCCCCUGCGCCCUCCUUAGAAGACAACAGGAGGCCCGGCAGCCACCCUUCAUCCCACCGCAGCAGCAGCGUGUCCAGCUCCCCAGCCCACACAGAAAGCUCCUCGGACAGGAUACCAGCACACCACAACGGGCUGUCGAUGAACCAAGCCCUUCUCGGCCUGUCCCCCAACAUUGCCCCUGGGCCUAAAGAGGGAGACCUGGCCCACGACAUGAGCCAUGAAGUGAAAAGGAUGCACACUGACAAAGAAGACAACUCCAUGAGCACUCCAACAGCGAGAGACAGCUACGAGAGGUUGUCACUGGCCGGACAGACUCUGCCUCCGGGCUUUCCGUCGCCAUUUCUCUUCCCAGACGGCCUGUCAUCGAUAGAGACUCUUCUCACCAACAUACAGGGCCUGCUCAAAGUGGCGAUUGACAACGCUCGGGCCCAGGAGAAGCAGGUGCAGCUGGAGAAGACGGAGCUGAAGAUGGAGCUGUUUCGAGAGAGAGAGCUCAGGGAGACUCUGGAGAAGCAGCUCGCCAUGGAGCAGAAGAAUAGAGCAAUCAUCCAGAAGCGUCUGAAGAAGGAGAAGAAGGCCAAGAGGAAACUGCAAGAGGCUCUGGAGUACGAGUCGAAAAGGAGGGAGCAGGUGGAGCAGACCCUGAAGCAGCCAUCGCCCUCAGACAGCAUGCGCUCCCUCAACGACUCUCUGACCCCUGAGAUGGAGAGUGACCGCAGCAGUGGAAGAACAGAUGCUGAAAGGACAAUACAAGAUGGAAGACUGUUCCUGAAAACCGCAGUGAUGUACUGAUAAGGCCACGAAGAGCUGGAGGACAGAAAGAUUUUAUAAAAAAAAAAAAAACAACAAAUAAACAAAACAAAAGGACUGAAAGAAAAACCCAUGAAGGUUUCGGGGAAGCCCCUAACCCAGGCCGAUUUAGUUGAAGAGAGUUCAAGCUGCUCGUAGGUGGAAAUGCUGUGUUCAACCCCCGCCCCUCCCUCCCCACCCCAAACGCUGGAGGAGUCUGAAUGUACAACGAAGAAGUCGUUCUCAUCGCGGAAGGAAAACCUGAAGUAGUUUGACGAGGCAGGUUUUGACGAGGACAGGUUCGCCGACUUGAAGGAUAAACACAUAUAACCGAGCACAGUUAAA